UUUUAUUAUAUAACACCACAUUCAUCUUCCCACAACAAAAACAAAUCCAAAAUAUCUCUAAAGACGAGUAUUUCAUCAAUUCAAAUCCAACCUUCCUAACUUGAAAUUUUCAUCACACUAACAAUAACCAUGUCUUCAAUCACCACCAAAUUCCUCUUCUCCCUUCUCUUCUUCCUCUUCUCUCUCAAAUCAUCAUCAUCACAUGCUUCUUCAAUUCACGAAGAUGAGAAGCUAUCAGCCUAUGAUGUUCUCCAACAAUACGGUUUCCCUGUCGGUCUUCUCCCAAAGGGUAUAAUUGGGUAUGCACUCAACAAAGAAACCGGCGAGUUCGCUGCAUACAUGGAUGCCACGUGUUCGUUUUCUAUUGAAGGUUACACCCUAAAGUACAAGUCCACCAUAACCGGUGUUAUAACACAAGGUAGGCUCUAUAAUCUUAAGGGUGUUAGUGUUAAGAUUCUUCUCUUGUGGCUCAACAUAGUUGAAGUCAAACGUGACGGCGAUGAGAUUCAAUUCUCUGUUGGUAUUGCUUCUGCCAAUUUUGGAGUUGAAAAUUUCUAUGAGAGUCCUCAGUGUGGCUGUGGAUUCGAUUGUGUCACUGUUAACACUCUUCCCCUCUCUUCAAUUUAAUUCAACAUUUUGCAUAGUCCAAAACUCUUGAAUGAUUUAAGAUUGGAUAUGGGUUUUCACCUAAUUAAUAUCUUAUCAUAUGUUAUGAUUUUUCAUCUUACAAAUUACAAUGUAUUUAUUUAGCAUCGCUUUAUUUUGUCUUUGCUCUUAUCAUUUAUCAAACACCUCCACUUCUACAUUGAGCACAUCGUUGCAGCUUUUGGCGUUUUUUUCAAU